AUUAACAGUGCCCACAAAUUUCUUUUCAUAAGAAAUUUUUUGAGAUCCAAAUGAAGUUGAUGAUGAGAAUCUAUGUUUUAACACUGGCCAUAUGUUUCUUCUUUACUCAUGUCAAUGGAACUGCUGUUUUGCCUGCUAGUGAAGUGGAGACUCUUAAGCAAAUUGGAAGGACAUUAGGAAACGAUAAUUGGAAUUUCAGUGUGGACCCGUGUAGUGGAGAAUCGGGUUGGAAUGUGUCAAUAACAGAUAAUGCAGUAAUAUGUAAUUGUUCAUUCUCCAGCAAUACCACCUGUCAUGUUGUGAGAAUAUUCCUUAAACGACUAAAUCUAGCGGGCAGUCUCCCAGCCGAAAUUGCCAACCUACCCUUCCUUCAGGAGAUUGACCUUACUCUCAACUAUCUUAACGGAACCAUCCCUCGAGAAUGGGGCACCAGUACCCAACUCCAAAUGAUCUCGUUACUAGGAAAUCGAAUAAGUGGAGAAAUACCAAAAGAAUUGGGAAAUAUUAGCACUCUUACAAGGCUUGUUUUGGAGUUCAACCAACUAUCAGGGGUCAUCCCUCCAGAGCUUGGAAACCUCACCAGUAUAGACAGCAUGUACUUGACCUCGAAUAAUUUAUCUGGUGAACUGCCACCAGAACUUGGAAAGUUGAUCAUGAUGACAGACUUUCGGAUUGGUGAUAACAAUUUCAUGGGAAAGAUACCUGAUUUCAUCCAGAAUUGGUUGAAUCUCACUAGAUUAGGAAUUCAGGGUAGCGGCUUGGAGGGUCCGAUACCUAAUGGGAUCUUUGCAUUGACAAAUAUGAUUGACUUAAGAAUAAGUGACAUAAAUGGAACUGACUCGCCAUUUCCAAUUAUUCGUAAUUUGACAAACCUGAAUGUACUGAUUCUGAGGAGUUGUAAUCUCGUUGGAUCAUUACCAGACAUCAGCACACUGAAGAAUUUACAAACAUUAGAUCUUAGCUUCAACAAAUUAAUUGGAGAAAUUCCAACAAAUUAUACUCCUCAGUCAAAGCCAACUUACCUAUAUCUUACGCGAAACUUUCUUAAUGGAACUGUACCUGAUUGGAUUCUAAGUGAUAAGAAAAAUGUUGAUCUCACGUACAAUAAUUUUAGUACUACCUCCACCUCCACCUCCACCUCCGAGUCAUGUCAAAUAAAUACCAUAAACUUGUUUGCAAGCAAUUCAGAAAAUUUAAUAUCUGAGACUGCUUUAUGCUUGAAAAACCCUGUGUGUCCACGAGAUUUGGACUCUUUGCAUAUAAAUUGUGGAGGAGAUGACAUAAUAGUUGGAAGUACCAGGUAUGAAGGUGAUACGAAUCCAGCCGGGCCAGCAAAUUCAUUUGAAGGAAAUAACUGGGCCUAUAGUAGCACCGGCCAUUUCCUGGAGGAUAACCGUCCUAGGUCGGCUAACCUCUCUAAAAAUAGUUUCGGUAGUUUCCUGGCUGUAAAUACAUCUAAGCUCUCCGAAAGUAGUUCUGAGUUGAGCAUGAAUGCACGAAUCACUCCCAUAUCAUUGACAUAUUAUGGAUUCUGUCUGAAGAAUGGGAAGUAUGAUGUAAAUCUUCACUUUGCUGAAAUUAUAUUUACCAAUGACAAAACCUUUAGUAGCCUUGGAAGGCGAAUAUUUGAUGUUUACAUUCAAGGGAAGAAUGUGCUUAAAGAGUUUAACAUUGAGAAAGAAGCUGGUGGGGUUGGCAUUGAAAUUGUGAAACAUUUUGAAGAAGUUGUGACCAACAGGACUUUGGAAAUUCGAUUCCAAUGGUCUGGGAAAGGAACUACUGGGAUCCCUACUAGAGGAGUAUAUGGUCCUCUUAUUUCAGCUAUUUCUGUGCAACGCCAUGGGGGAAAAAAAGGAAUCUCAGUUGGUGCUAUUGUCGGCAUUGUUUUUUCUGUAGUGUUUCUAAUAAUCUUAAUUCUUGGCAUUCUUUGGAGAAAAGGAUGCAUAGGACAUAAAGGCAGUAUGUAUCAAGAUCUAAAGGAGAUGCAACUUCAGACUGGUUCAUUCUCCUUGAGACAAAUUAAAACUGCAACAAACAAUUUUGAUCCUGCUAACAAGAUUGGAGAAGGUGGUUUUGGUCCUGUUUACAAGGGAGUUCUUUCUGACGGAACUGCAAUAGCAGUAAAACAGCUCUCUUCCAAGUCGAAGCAAGGAAACCGUGAAUUUGUGACUGAAAUAGGAAUGAUUUCAGCUUUGCAACACCCUUAUCUUGUGAAGCUGUAUGGAUGUUGUAUUGAAGACAAUCAACUAUUGCUUGUGUACGAGUACUUGGAAAAUAACAGUCUAGCACGUGCAUUAUUUGGUCCUGAAGAAUCCCAGAUCCACUUGGAUUGGUCUAUAAGGUAUAAGAUCUGUAUUGGCAUAGCUCGGGGCCUAGCUUAUCUUCAUGAAGAAUCAAGACUGAAGAUUGUCCACAGAGACAUCAAGGCUACAAACGUGUUGCUUGAUAAGGAUCUUAACCCUAAGAUAUCUGACUUUGGUUUGGCCAAACUUGAUGAAGAAGAGAACACUCAUAUAAGCACAAGAGUUGCCGGAACUUAUGGCUAUAUGGCUCCAGAAUACGCUAUGCGUGGCUAUCUAACAGAUAAAGCCGAUGUUUAUAGUUUUGGAAUUGUUGCUCUCGAAAUCGUUAGUGGGAAAACUAAUACAACCCAUAGACCAAAGGAGGAGAGCCUCUACCUCCUAGAUUAUGCGCAUAUCUUAAAAGAGAAUGGAACUCUUAUGGACAUUGUGGAUCGACGACUAGGCUUGGAGUUCAAAGAAGAUGAGGCAAUGACAAUGAUCAAUAUAGCUUUGAUUUGCACCAAUGUAACUUCUUCUUCCAGGCCAAACAUGUCAUCUGUCGUGAGCAUGCUUGAGGACAGGAAUGUUCCUGAGAAUUUGUUAUUGGAUUCGGACUCUAGCGUAUUGAGCCACAAGGAGAAGAUGAAACAGAUGAUGAGCGAUCUCGAACAAACAGACCCAAACAUGACGCAAACUCGCAGCUCAAUGUCUGGACCGUGGUCUGCUUCUUCCACUUCGGCUGGAGAUCUUUACCCCAUCACGGUAAACUCCAGUUACUUGGCUAAUAGAGACAAAGUGUGAGAUGAAAAGGUUAAUAAAUUAUUCUCUUCAACAAAUUUAGAGACUGCAAAACGCCGAAUUCGCUAUAUGUUCUGUAAUUUAUAUAUGUUGUUUGGAAGCUUGACUCAGUUUUGGAUUUCUGUGUGUACAAUUUUUUGUUUGUGUGAAUUUUAUUGUAAUCUUUUUUGUUUAUUUAGUUCACUUCAAUUAUUAAAGAUUCAAAGCUAUUUUACUUUUACCAAUUAAAUAAGAUUUAUUUUCAUGCUUUGUUUG